GAACAGCGGGCUCCCCUCAGGGAGCUGCUGGCCCGCUCCCGCCGCCCCGCGCCGUGAGGGCGGCUCUGAGGGCGGAGAGUCCCAGCCCCGGCAGCGCGCCCGGGGCAGGAGGAGGAGGAGGAGGAGGAAGCCUCGGCCGCCCUCUCUCUCCGCCUUCCCGCGGCCGCCAGCGCCGUCCCCCGGCGCGGCGCGGGGAGCCUGGGCCAUGUGUGAGGAAGGAGCCGCCAAGCUGCGCCUGAAGCCGCGGACGGCGCCGCCCGCCCGCGGCCGGGAGCGCAGCCCCGGCCCCGAGCCCCCGCCGCGGCCCCAGGCACUGACUGACAGAUGUUCUUGGUUUGAAAAGGAAGAUUUAAAUGAGUGUGAAAAAACCUGGCUUUUGCUACUGAAGGACAUCAGUCAAGAUUCCCACUGCACAAACUGGGACACAGUGCCCAGCUUUCCGGAGUUCUUGGAAAAGAAACAACAGGAAAAGAGUCCAGAACACCAGGAAGUCUUUACAGUUGGAAUAAAAGACUUUGAGUGGGUAUCAUUCCCAUCUUUUCACAAAGAUAAAUGUCUGAACCCCACGGAUGUGAACUCACAGCAGCCAACACAGAGCCACAGCAAUGAAUUGCAUAAAGGACAGGGCCAAGCAGAUAAACUGAAAAGCUUAGCAGCAGCUGAAAAACCCUGCAGGGAAACCAGCACAGAUCAAGCCAAAAGUGCAUCUGGGGCAGAUGCAGAAGGCGUUUCAGAGCUGGGUGUGAGUCCCAGGCCACAUAAACUCCCUGGGCACAGCAGCUCAGCACAGCCCUCGGCCUUGCUGCACAGCCCUGCAGAAGCCUUGAGCCCUCAGCAGCACCAAACAGGGACUGCUCAGAAGAGUGGGAAAGAAAAGGGUGAGGAAAAGCCUCAAACUCAAACACAGCACGGGGAUCCUCCCCUGGGGGUGCCUGCAGAGGAGCUGGGGAGCGACGAGGAGAGGAAGGAGAACCAGGGGGAAGCAGCUGCAGCUCUCGACAGCUGUCCCAUGUGUCUGAUGCAGUUCAGUGGAAGGCUCUCCCAGCUGGACAUCGAUGGCCACCUUGCCAGGUGCCUGUCUGAAAGUGCAGAUGAUGUCAUGUGGUAAAGCCAGAAGAGCAAAGGAACAAGGCCAAGGAUGAAGCUUCCUCAAAGGAAAAAUGAGUCAAGCACAUCCUUUGAGUCUCUGACUUAAACCAGUAACUCAAUAGAAGGAUAAGUGCCACCUGCCUAUUUGUUUUUUGUAUUUUAAAGCCUUUCAAAUGCACACAAAGAGUAGUUCUAGUUGUGAAAACAGUGCUCUGGGAUGUCCCAGAGAGCCCCCAGGGAAAUGGGGCUUGGUACUCCUGAAAGAAGUGCACUGCUGGAAAUCCCUGGAGCUUUGUGUGCACCACAGUUCUGAAUCCCUCAGGACAGAAGAGAGCAGCUCAGCAAAAGACAACUGUUACUUACUCUAAUCCAAAAGUUUACUUUUUUUUUCCUAAACAGAUAAACUACAAAAAUAAACUCAGUUAAAAAGUAAUUUGAAUUUGGUGGGUUUGUUUUAAUACCUGGAGUAAGAAAAUAUAAUUGUACCAUUGAUCCUGGGUGUGUUGUCUCUAUUUAGGAGACAACACAGCCCACACCAAAUAAAGGGUGAGGGGUUUUUAUAUUUCUGAAGGAGUGGGGGCUGCGAGGGGCACAAUAAAUGACAUUUAGUGACAGUGACAAACCAAGGGAUGGCAUCACCAACCUGCUCUGUUUUAUUUCCCUGUGCCCCAGUCCUCAAACCUGCAGCUGAGCUGGGACUCAGACACAGAAUAAACAGAGAGUGCAGUACAAAACACAGGGAGGCUCCCACAGAUUUAAUUUACAGUGGGGUCUGUUUGAGAGGCUGGACACAGCCCAGUUCACUGAUAAAUAAUAACAGUCUGUUAACUUUUUCAUUAAAGUCUUUAAUAGAUGUGCAAGAAUAUAAAUGAUCUCAGCUGUUAUGGAUUAGUAUACCAUCUUCUGCACAAUUAAAACUGGUCAGCAAAGAUCCCAACUAAUUAAUUAUACAAAACUACAAGAACAUAUUUACUGUUUUACAAUCAUUAAAUUAGCUAGAAUUUUCAUUUACUAUUUCAAAUAAGACAACUAUAUAUCAUUACCAGAUCCAUUUGUAAUAUAUUAGGAUUUUUUUCCAAACCACACAUUUAAUUACAUCCUUCAUUUUCUUUUAUUUAUAAAACAAGUACUUUAUAUAAAAAAUUUCCCCUUCAUCAUGAACAGAACAUUAUUCAAACACUUGCACAUGAGCAACCAAACUUGUACCCAGCAAACUAUUUGGCAACACAGCAACAUUGUAAAUGCCUGUAAAUUCUUAAAUAAAAAUCAAAUAGUCUUUACAA